AUGAGCCUUCCCCCCUCCGCCGAUAACCAGCAGGCUUAUCGCGACAAGUCCAAUGCCUCUUCCACCACCCAAGUCGCCGGGGACGCCGCCUCCUCUGCCUCCCGCGCCGCCGAACUCGCCAGUCUUAAGGUGAAGCUGCGCUCGUCUCUGCGCCAGUUCCCGGAUUUCCCGUCUCCAGGUAUCCUGUUCGAGGAUAUCUUGCCCAUCUUCGCAGACCCUGCCCUCCACGAGUCGCUCAUCAGGGGCCUCGAGCUGCAUCUGCUCGAGACCUAUGGUGCAGACCAGAAACCAGAUGUCAUCGUCGGUCUCGAUGCUCGUGGGUUUCUCUUCGGCCCUACCUUGGCCCUGAGACUCGGGGCUGCCUUUGUCCCCGUCAGGAAGCAAGGAAAGCUGCCUGGACCGGUCAUCACCCAGGAGUAUCAGAAGGAGUACGGCAGUGACUUCUUCCAGAUGCAGAGCGAUGCCAUCAAGCCGGGCCAGAAGGUCAUCGUAGUCGACGACAUCAUUGCAACCGGCGGCUCUGCAUAUGCAGCAGGCUCCCUCGUACAAAAACUUGGAGGCAAUCUCCUCGGUUUUGUCUUCAUGCUUGAGCUCGACUUCCUCAAGGGCCGUGACAAGCUCCCUGCCCCGGUCUAUACCCUCCUCGCAACUCAAGAGAGCAAAUAA